GUAUUCGACGAGCUCAUCCGUCAAUUGACCAUUCACUGUGCCGAACGUGGUCUACUGUUACUACGAGUGCGAAACGAAGUGGACACCACACUGGCCGCAUUGCAAUCAAUUUACGCUUCCGGUGUCGUGUUCGGAUUGCAAAAAUCGUUGGCUCGUGAGGCCGAUCGAAAUCGUCAGACCGUACGAAUUCAACAACUAGAACAGGAAAUCGCCCAGCUGCGCAAAAAGAUCCAAAUCGAGGCGUUGAAUUGUCGCGCGUUGGAAGAGAAAGAAGCCAAUCGUUUGGCCGCGGCCACACGACGCGCUGAGGAUGAUGUAAAUUUUCUACGCAAAGGUCAUGAUCAACUGAAAGCACAAUUGGAAGACAUCCUGAAUCAGUUUAAACUAGUGGCCCCGUAG